AUGCCCGGCUCACACGGCAGCGACGGCCCCACCUCGGACUGGUGCACUACUGAGGGAACUCGGCUCCGAAACGUGUGUUUGCCUGGGCCGCAGAGGCUGUGGGUAACGUUAAAUGACGCGAACAAACUGGAAACAAAACAAAAGAGAUUGCAAAUGGCACAAUGCGGUGUCACGGGUCCUACGUCACUUUUUGCAGAAAGCGCGCACGCUACUUCCAGCGCUGUGCGCAAACAUGACAAAUUUGUGGAGUGGGGAGGGAGGGGAGCGGGCAGAACCCGAAGCCCGCCGUCGGCUCCGGCCCCGCGCGCGGAGCUCCCGGACGGCGUCCGCGGGACCGUUACGCGCCGCCCGCGCGGGGCAGGGCAGCGCCUCGGCAGCGCCGCGCGGCUUCCGGCCCGGCCGAGGAACGUAGGCCUCGGCGAGGCGGCGGGCUGCACCCCGCCGCGCCCCGCGCGCCCCUCCGGCCUUUCUGGAAAGUUUUCGUCGCGGUCCAAAGGCUCCGCAGCGCGGGGAGACGCGGCCCCGCCGCCUUCCUCCGCCCGGCCGGGCCGUGCGGGUCCGUACCGCGGCGGGGCUCGGCGGCGGCGGGCUCGCCCCCGGGGCGCGCCUCAGGGCAGAGCCCAGCCCGGCGUCCCGCCGCACCGCGCCCCCGCCACCGCGUCACGGGCACCGAGCGCGGAGGGCGCCGCUUCCCGAUCCUCCGCCCGCCCCGGCGAGGAGAGAACUUUUCCAGGUGCCGAGCUCCAACGGCGCCGCAGGGCGCGGAGCGGCGCCGCGUCCCGUACCCGCGGCCGGGGCAGAGCCCGGUCCGAUCGAAUAACAAAAAAAAAUAAAUUUCCGCGCACACCGGAAAUAAAACGCUUUUCGCUUGGAAAGGCGAUCGCCAAACCGCGAGCGCACGUUGUGUGUGCGUGUGUGCGCGCGUGUCUGUGUCUGUCUGUGUCUGUCUGUGCCGCUCUGCGGGGCGGGGGCCGGGCAGGCGCGGUGCCGGCGGGGAUCGGACCGGAGGCAGCGGAAGCCCCGCGCGGGGCCGCGGCCCUGCCGCCCUGCCGCCCUGCCUCCCUGCCGCGCCGUGACAGGCGCCCAGCCCGCGGCCUCCCGGUGCCAGCAGCCCGCGGGGACAGCCCGGCUCCGCCGCGUUCCGCCGCAGGACGCCCCAACUUCCCCGGGCCACACAGCAGCGGCGGGGCAGGGGCGGGCGGCUCCGGGCGCAGCUCCCCGCUCCGACUCCGUCCCCGCUGCGAACGGAGCGAAAAACCGCGGCCGUACCGCGCGGCUGGCGGGCGGUCGCGGUCCCCUUCCCUCGCCGGCGGUACGCGCGGAGCUCAUUCCCCCGACGCCGCAUCCAAACUUUCUUCUCCCGCGCCGCGCUCGCGCCGCGUACACCGAGGCGUACCGGGCGGGGGGCGGCCGGGGCUGCGGUCCGGGAGCGCGCGGGGCGGCGGUGCGGAGCUGACGGCGCGGGGCCCCGCGGGGCGAGGCGCGUUUACCUUCCGCUCGGGCGGAGCACCGCGCCGGGUCCAUUCCCUCCGCUUCCCAAACUCCGGCCCCGCCCACGGCCCCCUCCGCCGCCUCCCCGCGCCGACGCCGCCGCCGCCGCGGCUCAGGAAGCGCCGUUCCUAUUGGCCCGUCGACGGGGACUGCCCGCCCGCCCCCGCGCGGAAGAGGCGCCCCUAUUGGCUGCAGCCGCCCGUCGCUCAUCCGGGAGGCCGCGGGGCGGAGGGUGCGGAAUGUGCCCGGCUCCGUGCGCGACGGCCGCGCCGCCGCCGAGACUCCGCCGCGCCGCCUCCCGGCCCGCCCGCGCGGAGCGGAGCGCGGGCCCGGGGCCACCUCCGUGAGGAGGGGCCGGCGGGCGGCGCGGGGAUAGGCGGAGAAGGUGCUGGAAGCGCGACGCUGCCCCGCGGCCUGCCCGGGCCGGCCCGCCGCCGCGGGGCGGAGCGGGGAGGAGCCGGGCGGAGGGCGGCGGGGCCUCCCGCACCUGGCGGCGCGGCGCCGCGGGACACCUGCCUGCGGAAAGGGACGCACGCGCAAACAAAAAGACUCGCGGAAAGCCGUCACCGAAACUUCGGGGCCGCGGCGCGGGGAGGAGGGCAGCCGACAACGUUCGGGGCGGCCGCCCCCCCGUCCGGCCGCGGCGCCGCGCCCCGCCGGAGCCCCGUGCCGCCGGCAGGCCGCGAGGAGCGGCGGCGGGUCGGCGACGGCGCGGUGCGGGCGGGUAAAUGGCGCCGCCGCGCUGCGCUCGGCACGCCGCCCGCCUCCCGGGCCGGAGCGGCUUUAUCCGCGCCCGGCCGCGCACCCGCGGGAGGCGGCGCGUCGCCGGCGCUGUUUGCGGAAGGUACCGCUGUUUAUGUAACGGCGCCGCGGGGCCGCGCUCGGAACAGGCCGCCACCGGCCGCUCAGACACAAGCGCGCCGGCAGGCAGAGCGCGGCGGUGCGCGCGGUCCUAACCCCGUCACGAGGACGGAGCUCUGCAGGUGGUGUGCCUGUCCCACUGCGGGCUGCACGCUUUGCAAGAGGUCAAGGUUAAGGUGA